UGCGGCGAAUGGAUUAAACCAGCGGUCAACGGCAGCGAGCACGUUCUCGCUAUCUGUCACACGACAUGCGGAGUCACGACAGAUAAAUGUUUGUGGCUGGUAGUUGGCAACCAGUCCGAGCGAAUACAGAGCACACGCCGAGUUUGGGUUGCCCGCUCUAUUCUACAAAGGCAUAUUUAUUGUUGUGGAAUUAAGCGGGAGGAUUAUAUCGCAGGGAGGAGUGCGGGUGGAGGCUGUGUAUUUUGGGAUCAUACUUGCUGGAUAGGAAUGGUGUAGGGCGAGGAGGCCCUGUAGAUGUGUGUCAUGAAGCUUCUCAACGCCUGUGUGACCUCAUAAAGGGAGUGCUUUCUCAUUGAAAAUGAUGAUGCAUAAGCAAUCGGCCCGUACCUCCCCAGGCAGCGUUUGUUCUCUGCAUGGAGGAGGUGUUCCUGGAUCCUCGGCGGUCACUAUAGUGGCCAAAAUGGACAAUCAAGUGAUUGGGUAUAAGGACCUAGCAGCUAUACCUAAAGACAAGGCCAUUCUUGACAUAGAGAGGCCUGACCUGAUGAUGUAUGAGCCCCACUUCAGCUAUUCACCAAUGGAGAGGUCAUUAUCUCCUCGUUCAAUCUCCCCUCCUCCAUCUCCGGAGAACAGUCUAUCAAAGGAUGUCUAUCAAAGGGAUUGGUCAGAGCCCAAGUCAUCAGGCAGCUCGUCUCCGGCCUCCACACAGCUGAGUAAAAGCAUCACCGUCAGCACAAAAGUCCCACACCAGCAACAGCACUUCCACAGGCCAGACAAUGGAAACAAUAUAUACAAGAAGCCACCAAUAUAUAAGCAAGAUGUCUCAGCAGCCGUUCCACACAGUAAACACAUGGAGGAUUUAAUCAUCGAGUCAUCAAAGUUUCCCGCCGCACAACCUCCAGACCCCAACCAGCCCUCUAAGAUAGAGAUGGACUACUGGCCCUGCCCUCCCUCACUAGCUGUUAUAGAGAAAGAGCGAAGGAAGAACGUGGCAUCCAAGAUGCCUGAGGGAGAGGAGGGUGAGGAGGAUGAUAAGUAUGAUGACAGUGAUCUGUCUGAAGACAUGUGGAGACUUCGGCAAAUGCAGAAACAAGAGCUCAACAAGAUUCAAUCCAAUCUAGGAAAACUGAUACUGAAGGAGGAGAUUGAGAGAUCGGCCCCUGUCCGAAGGAAAACACGGUCUCUUCCUGACAGGACACACAUGCAUCUGGCCUCCAAAUCCCCCUCAUUUCCUUCCUACUCUAAGACUGGCCUGACUAGGCUCCAGUCUGCAGAGUUCUCCUCUUCAAACAGUGAUAAAGGGAGUCAAAAUUUCCAGAAUGGAGAUGCCCAAAGCAGAAGGAUUGACAGAGGGAAUUCACUCCCUAGUAUGCUGGAACAAAAGAUUUACCCAUAUGAGAUGCUCAUUGUGACUCACCGAGGCAGAAACAAACUCCCUCCGAGUGUAGACAGGACAAGACUGGAGAGGCACCUGUCACCUGAGGAAUUCCAGAAUGUCUUUGGAAUGUCCAUAGAGGAAUUCGACCGGCUCUCCCUUUGGAAGCGGAACGACCUGAAAAAGAAAGUCUCUCUCUUCUAGUAGUCAGAGAAAUACGUUCUUUUACAAACACUGUCACGUGUCUGCACUUCCGCUUGUGAAAACAGUACAGGCGAUACAAGUGAAGGAAAGAUGAGGAAUGUGAUGAGGAAUGUGAUUUUGGAGCCAGCAAAA